GGAAGGGGAGGAGAACUUGGCUUAAAGAAGCACCAGCACAGGACCAUGCAGGCCCACGAACUGUUCCAGUAUUUUCGGUUGCCAGAACUGGUUGACAUCCGUCAAUACAUGCGCACCCUUCCCACCAACACACUCAUGGGCUUCGGAGCCUUUGCAGCACUCACCACUUUCUGGUACGCCACGAGGCCCAAGGCCCUGAAGCCACCAUGCGACCUCUCCAUGCAGUCAGUGGAAGUGGCGGGCAGUGAUGGUGCUCGCAGGUCUGCGCUUCUCGACAGCGAUGAGCUCUUGGUGUACUUCUAUGAUGAUGUUAGAACCCUGUAUGAAGGUUUCCAGAGAGGCCUGCACGUGUCAAACAAUGGCCCCUGUCUAGGCUCACGGAAACCAAACCAACCCUACGAAUGGCUCUCCUACAAGCAGGUUGCAGAAUUGGCAGAGUAUAUAGGCUCAGCGCUGAUCCAGAAGGGUUUCAAGGCCUCCUCCGAUCAGUUCAUCGGCAUCUUCUCUCAAAACAGACCUGAGUGGGUGAUCACUGAGCUGGCAUGCUUCACAUAUUCCAUGGUCGUGGUUCCCCUGUAUGAUACCCUUGGAACUGAAGCCAUCACGUACAUAGUCAACAAAGCUGAACUCUCUGUGAUUUUUGCUGACAAGCCAGAUAAGGCCAGACUCUUACUAGACAGUGUAGAAAACAAGUUAACAACAGGCCUUAAAGUCAUAGUUGUCAUGGACUCAUAUGGCAGUGACUUGGUGGAGCGAGGCAAGAAGUGUGGUGUGGAAAUCAUCAGCAUGAAGGCCAUGGAGGACCUUGGAAGAGCCAACAAAAGGAAGCCCAAGCCUCCGACUCCUGAAGAUCUUGCAAUCAUUUGUUUCACAAGUGGAACUACAGGCAACCCCAAAGGAGCAUUGAUCACUCAUCGAAACGUAGUGAGCGAUUGCUCAGCUUUUGUGAAAGCAACAGAGAAAGCAAUUAUCGUGAAUGUCAGUGACACACACAUUUCGUUUUUACCACUGGCACACAUGUUUGAGCAGAUCUUGUUGUGUGUGAUGCUGUGUCAUGGCGCUAGAAUAGGAUUUUUCCAAGGAGAUAUCAGGCUGCUUAUGGAUGACCUCAAGGUACUUCAACCCACAAUCUUCCCUGUGGUUCCAAGACUGCUGAACCGGAUGUUUGACCGAAUUUUUUCCCAAGCCAACACCACACUGAAGCGUUGGCUGUUGGACUUUGCCUCCAAAAGGAAGGAAGCAGAGCUUCGUAGUGGCAUCAUUAGGAAUAACAGCCUGUGGGACAAGCUCAUCUUCCACAAAAUACAGUCGAGCAUGGGUGGAAAAGUCCGGUUGAUGGUCACAGGAGCUGCCCCAGUGUCUGCUACGGUGCUGACGUUUCUGAGAGCAGCCCUUGGCUGUCAGUUUUAUGAAGGCUAUGGACAAACCGAGUGCACUGCUGGCUGCUGUCUGAGUAUGCCUGGAGACUGGACAGCAGGCCACGUUGGUGCCCCCAUGCCUUGCAGUCUUAUCAAACUUGUAGAUGUGGAAGAAAUGAAUUACAUGGCUGCCAAGGGCGAGGGUGAGAUAUGUGUGAAAGGGCCAAACGUAUUUAAGGGCUACUUGAAGGACCCAGGAAAAACAGCGGAAGCCUUGGAUAAAGAUGGCUGGUUACACACAGGGGACAUUGGAAAAUGGCUGCCAAAUGGCACCUUGAAGAUCAUCGACAGGAAAAAGCACAUAUUUAAACUGGCACAAGGAGAAUACAUAGCACCUGAGAAGAUUGAAAACAUCUACAUACGAAGUGAACCUGUGGCUCAGGUGUUUGUCCAUGGAGAAAGCUUGCAGGCAUUUCUUGUAGCCAUCGUGGUACCAGAUGUUGAGGUAUUAACUUCCUGGGCCCAGAAGAAAGGAUAUGAAGGAUCCUUUGAAGAAUUGUGCAGAAAUAAGGAUGUCAAGAAAGCUAUCCUGGAAGACUUGGUGAGACUUGGAAAGGAAUCUGGCCUGAAGCCAUUUGAACAGGUCAAAGGCAUUGCUCUACAUACUGAAUUAUUUUCUGUUGACAAUGGCCUUCUGACUCCAACAAUGAAGGCAAAAAGGCCAGAGCUACGGAACUAUUUCAGGUCACAGAUAGAUGAACUGUAUUCCACUAUCAAGAUGUAAUGUGAGGAGGAAGAAAUCUUGGAAGCAAUGGCACCUCUACAAUCCCUUCUUCUACCGAUGGCCUUCACAUUGGUAACUGUCUGCAGCAAGCAUAGGGAAGGAAAUGUCCAUGUCUGAUUUGUCCAUUCGGGGUCUUGCCAUAGGAAUAUUAGAGGAAAUGGAACACUGCCUUACCGUCAACCUCGUGUUGCAGACUAUGUUCAUGGUGAAACACAAUUUCCAAAAUGAGCCUUAAAAAUUGUUAAGGGGAAAACUAUAAAAAGUGCUUAAGUUAUUUGAGACUUUCUCAUUUAAUAAGGUGGGUGUGAAAACUUCUUGUCUCCCUUCCUGUUUUUCUAACCAAGGAGUUAGGACUUCGCUGUUUCUGAGAUGUCUGCUACUUGCUGCAAACUGUGCAGCUCUGCUGCUCUGAAGAGUACAGUGCACUGGAGAGAAGUGGUCCCUUUCACAAUUAAGAACACGUGUCCCGGCUGGAGGACUGUCACAAACGGACCAGAGAUUUCUUUUACAGUCCCUGCCACUUUCUCUUUCCCACCUCACACAGAGUCACUCGACCCUCUGUAAGGGUUCAGGACAGUCCCCUGUUGAUCCUGCAGGGACUUAAACCAAAGGACAGCUCCACCUCAGAAUAAUGUGGUGCCCAAUCUUGGAAGGAAGAAUGGCUAGUCAGAGACAAUAGCUUCUCUGGCUUGAACCACAAGAUGCUCUUAGACUUUUCUCCAGAUUUGGCUCCCUCCCUCCCUUACCCUGCCAGGGGUUAUGAAAAAUCCUGCCUUAGACUCUACAGUGAAGACAGCUUUUCAAGAAAGAAUUACCUGGAUCAACCAUGUUCAACUGUGAUGCCUACAUAGCGCUGUCUACUUGACCUUCACUGAACCACUCACUGUUUGUAAUGAAUGGCAAUGGGCUUUUAAUGUGGUUUUCAUAUGAAAUAAUUAUGUGAUUAACUUGCUUCCCCUCAACUACCCCCCCCACUCACUCUCAGGCAAAGCACAUCUUCAAAAAUAUUAAAGGAACAUACUUGGGUACCCAUUGAAAUGGACAGUAUAAGCAAAUGUUCUUAUAAUACUACCUGAUUUCUAUGAAAUGUAUUUGACAAGCCAAAAUUCUGGGAUGUAGAAAUCUGGAUUUAAAAAAAAGAAUUUUCUGGGAUUCAUUUCUCAAGGGAUUUUUUUUUAGAAGUUAAUUUGGUAAAUUAACUGCAUUUCACUUUGUUGUGAGACCUUGCCACAGUUUUGAGUGAAUUGAGCUAUCACGUAUACUUUGAGAGCCACUGUUGUUGGGCACAUGCGUACCGUGUGUUCUAGACCGACACAACAGGCCUGUGCUAAGCAGUUGUUGUUGUAAUAACACUAUUUGGUAGCUUAACUUCAGAUACAUAUUCUUAAUUGCACAAAAAUCCAAUAAUUUGUCACAUUGGGGUUUUGAAUGUUUGCUUUAAGUGUUGGCUAUUUCUAUGUUUUAUAAACCAAAACAGAAUUUCCAAAAACAAUGAAGGAAACCAAAAUAAAUGUUUCUGCAUUUCAAGUG